UCUCGCCUGCUAUAUUUAGGACCCAAACUUUUCUCUCUCCCGCUCUCCCCCCGGGAACAUUUCACUACAAGCUUUUCGCACUGCUUGAUCUGGCCCUCUCCGCUUCUGGUUCAGUUCCUCUCUUCCUUCGAGACGAUUGAGGCCGCGCCGUUACCCAUAGCCCUGCUAUAUCUCGGCCGCCGGCCGUCAUAGAUUCUUCGUCUCCUACUUCGCUGUGGAACCCUAAGUCCUGCUGUGACUAUGAUUGAAGUGUGGUGAGUUUGGCUGGGAGCGAUGGAGCUCAUAGAGGAGGGUGUGGGAGAGAGCUCGUCGCCUCCGCGAUGGCUUACCGGUCAGGACCCUUCUUAUGACAUCAAGAACGACAUUUAUAUGAGGCUUGUGGAGUCCGAGAACCCGGAUGCAAUCGCCAAUCCGAACCUGAGGGAUCUGCUGGAUGCUCACUUUAGCCGGUUGCCAACAAGUUAUGGUGUUGAUAUUAAUGUUGAUAGAGCGGAAGAUGUUUUGUUACACUGGAAAUUGCUUGCAGAUGCGAAGGACCCUGGAAAACGUCCGGCUUUUCAUGUUCGUUUCAUGAAGCUUGAAGAGUUGAAUUUGGAUGCGGGAAAGACCGUUGAUGACAAGGAAGAUGGAAGAUCCCCCAAUGAUGCUCUUUCUGCAAGGGAUGAUGGGCGAUGUAGUCCAAUCCAUGAGAUAAUAUUUUCCACAGUUGACAAGCCAAAGCUGCUUAGUCGGUUAUCUGCUUUGCUAUCUGAUCUUGGACUAAACAUCCGUGAAGCACAUGUUUUCUCAACGACUGAUGGCUAUUCAUUAGAUGUAUUUGUUGUUGACGGAUGGGCAGUUGAAGAAACUGAUUCUUUGCAUGAGAAGCUUAAGGCAGCAAUUUUAAAGAGCGAGGGGUCAUUAUCUGGUUCAUCUGUACAUGCUAUGCAAUAUAUACCUAGUGACUGUGAAAUAGAUGGAAGAUUGUUGAAGAUGGAAGAGAAUAUUGGAUGUGGAUCUUCUGGCGAUUUAUAUCGAGGGAGUUACCUUGGUCAAGAUGUUGCCAUAAAGAUUUUACGGUCCGAGCAUCUGAAUACGACCAUGAGAGUUGAAUUUGCACAAGAAUUAAUGAUACUGAGGGAAGUUCGACACAAAAACGUUGUGCGUUUUGUUGGUGCAUGCUCAAAUCUACAGCAUUUCAGCAUUGUUACUGAGUAUAUGCAUGGAGGAAGCCUCUUUGACUACUUGCACAAACAGAAGAACACGUUGGAGCUCUCUUUGUUGUUGAAGUUUGCUCUUGAUGUGUGCUAUGGGAUGGAUUACUUACACCGAAAAAACAUCAUCCAUAGGGAUCUAAAGACUGCGAACCUUUUAAUGGACAACAACCAAGUUGUCAAAGUGGCAGACUUUGGUGUUGCUCGUUUUCAAAGCCAAGGUGGAGUCAUGACCGCUGAAACAGGAACAUACAGAUGGAUGGCCCCCGAGGUAAUCAAUCACCAACCGUAUGACCAAAAAGUGGAUAUCUUCAGUUUUGCCAUAGUGCUUUGGGAGUUGGCAACCUCAAAGAUCCCUUAUAAUAGCAUGACACCAUUGCAGGCUGCUUUAGGUGUAAGACAGGGCUUGCGUCCAGAGCUGCCAGAGAAUGUACAUCCAACCUUGUUGGAACUCAUGCAAAGAUGUUGGGAGACUUCCCCUGCUAAAAGACCAUCUUUUUCUGAGAUCAUUGCUGAGCUCGAGGAACUUUUGCAACGGAUUCAG